AUGUCUACACACAAGACUCCAGUCACGAUAGAUCAAAAACUCCCCUACACCUUCCGAGAAGACGCCUACUGGGCCGCCGAACCAGAAGAAAUAACCCUAUUCGCAAACAUCAUAGUCGCAUGUGCAGAAAAUCAUCUCAGUCCUUUAGCUGCCGCCCAGAAAAUCACGGUUACUUUGACAGCAGAGUCAUGGUCGAAUAAAGCUGUUAUCGAUGCGAAUAACGAGGAUAGACCAUAUCGCACAAACUUUGGAUUAGUCGCUGUCUUGAUAGGCAGUUGUGUGUCUUCGUUUCCUCCACAUAGUGUGGUGCAUGUGCGAUUGUUCGGGAUGAUCAAGUGCUUCCUGAGGGUUGAGAAGAGGGAAGCGCCUAAUUGGUUUCUCGAUCAGGAUGGAAAACCACGGUCAGAGAACUUUGGCGCAGUGGAUAUGAGAGCUACUAUACCUCUGUGGGAGAGCCUGAAGCCGCUAUCAUUCCCAUCCAGUUGUGAGUGGUUGGCAGAUAUCGGCUUUCCAUGGACUGGGGCGGAGAAAUGCGGUAGUCAGCAACAACAGCGAUGGAGGAAUUUGUCGUAUUUUUGUGCUAGGUUGUCUGUUGAGGGAAUUGAGCAUAUGGGAUGGAAGAGUGCGUUACAACGACUGCUACCUAAAUAUGGGAUGCUGGAUGAGAAGACUGUGGGUUGGUCUGGAUAUCUGGCUGGACAGGUGCUUGCUGCGGCUCAGUGGUUUGCGCCUGAUGGGCAUGGUUUGUGGGUGUGGCGGGCUUGUUGUUUUGGUCAGAGAUACAAGGAAAGGGCACGAGUGGGUUCAGAUGGUCAACAAGAUUCAGGUGAUGAGCUGGUGCAGCAUGCCCUUGCGGAAGCACAGAGCAACGAGAACGACGGGAAUCCUGGACCAUGGGAUGACGACGAAUUGAGAGUACUGAUGAAGUCCGAAGACUGGUUGUGGAAUCUGGACAACUGGAAGGUGUGGAAAGCAGCGUUCAAGGAAAUUACGGAGCGAGUUGACGAUGUGCGGAUCCAUCAAGUUGUUCGUACCGAGGCUUUCAAAGAGUUGAAAAUCGUGGAAAAUUCAGAAACACUCUGA